AUGAUCAUUAAAAAAACAUAUGCCCUUGCUGCUGGCUGGAACGAUACAAAAAAACACAACAAAGAGACAUUCAAGAUCUGGCACAAAUUAAUUGAUAACAAAAUAAACAACAAUAAAGGCGUUCUUUAUGCUGUUCUUACUGGAAAGAUCAAUAAUAUCACGGUCAUUGAUCUUGAUAUUUUAAAGGCUGAGAACAGGAAUGAAGAAUUUGAAAACUUGGUGCAAUCUGCUGAAACCUUUCAAGUCUCAACACCAAAAGGCGAACAUCACUAUUUCCUAUAUUGUCCAUAUUUGAAAAAUAAAAUUGGCUUUCUUGGUUAUAUUGAUAUCCUCAAUGAUACAAAAUGCGUCAUUGGUGCGGGGACACUCCGUGAUGAUGGAUUUUAUAGCAUUCUUGAAGAAAAUGAGUUAAAACCCAUCUCAAAAGCAUUGUUUGAUUUUAUCCCAGAUAAUUUAAAAAAUGAUUUUGAAAAAGAUUAUUACAAGCUUAUGAAUAAUGCGGUAUUUGGUAAGACUAUGGAGAAUGUAAGAAACCGUGUUCAGGUCAAACUACCAACUACAUUAAAGAAGGCUCAAAAAUAUACAAACUCACCUAAUUGUACUAAGUGGGAAAUUAUAGACGAAAACAUGCCUUUAGUUUCCUUGAAAGAAAAAAAUGUAAAACUAGAUAAACCUAUUUAUGCCGGUUUCUCUAUAUUAGACUUGUCAAAAUAUUUAAUGUAUGACUUCUAUUAUAAUAUAAUGAAACCUAAGUAUGGUCAAAAUCUUAAGCUUCUAGCAACUGAUACCGAUAGCUUCUUCUUUGCUGUGUAUACAGAAGACCUUUAUAAAGAUAUUUGGGAUAUGCGCGAACAUUUUGAUAUGAGCGAAUACAGCAAAGAGAACCCAUUAUAUGAUGAAACAAAUAAAAAGGUUAUUGGAAAAUUUAAGGAUGAAUUAGGGGAUAAUAUUAUGAGCGAAUUCAUAGGAGUACGACCUAAAUGUUAUUCUUAUAAGAAACAUAGCAUUAAAGACGGAUAUAAAAAUAUAAAGAAAUUAAAGGGUGUUCCUUCUUCAAUUGUAAAAACAGAUAUAAAACACGAAGACUAUGAUAAAUGCGUUAGUGAAAAUAAGCCCCUUUCUUGUAAGGUACAUGGUAUUCGAAGCUCAAAGCUUCAAAAUUACGCAAUACAACAGGUUAAAACAGCUUUGAGUAAUACAGAUGAUAAAAGAUACUGGGAUUUAUCUUUAGGUUAUCAAAGUCUAGCAUUAGGACACAGGGAUAUAAAAUAA